GCGGGGGGCGCCGGGAAGGCGGCGGCGCGCGGCCUCUCGGGAGCGCGGCGGGCGCGCGGCACGCGGGCGGCGCGCGGUCCCGCGGGGGCUCGGCCGGGGCGCGCCGCCGCACGUGGCCGGUGCCGCCAUCCGCGGCAGCAGCGGCGAUGGCGCAGCUGACGGCGCGGUUCCGCACCGAGAACCGCCGGUUCGUCGUGGAGGAUGUGCCCUUCUCGGUACCCGCGACCUCCGAGACCACGGACCUCAGCCAGCUCAUCAACAAGCUGCUGGCGGCAGCGCACGCGGAUCAUAAGUAUGUGGAAUUUGACUUCCUUAUCAAUGGCCAGUUCUUGCGAUUGCCACUGGUCACACACAUGGAAAUGGAAAAUAUUUCCACAGAAGAAGUGGUGGAAAUAGAGUAUGUGGAGAAAUACAUGGCCCCUCAGCCAGAAGAAUGCAUCUUCCAUGAUGACUGGAUCAGUUCUGUUCAAGCCACUGAAGAAUGGAUAUUAACUGGCUGCUACGAUCAGACCGCUCGGAUCUGGUCCGUGGAAGGAAAAUCCAUCAUGACAAUAGCUGGGCACACAGAAGUAGUGAAGGAUGUGGCGUGGGUGAAGCAAGAUAGUUUAUCGUGCCUGUUACUCAGUGCUUCCAUGGACCAAACUGUCCUGCUCUGGGAGUGGAACAUGGAGAAAAACAAAGUGAAAGCCCUUCACUGCUGCAGGGGACACGCUGGCAGUGUUGAGUCUGUGGCUGUUGAUUGUACAAGAACCAAAUUCUGCAGUGGAUCCUGGGAUAAGAUGUUAAAGAUCUGGUCUGCAGUACCUACAGAUGAAGAGGAUGAAAUGGAAGAAGCAGCUAACAGACCACGGAAAAAGCAGAAAACUGAACAGCUUGGACUAACAAGGACUCCCCUGGCAACCCUCUCUGGCCACAUAGAAGCCAUCUCCUCUGUGCUGUGGUCAGAUGCUGAAGAAAUUUGCAGUGCAUCGUGGGACCACACCAUUAAAAUCUGGGAUGCUGAGACUGGAGAUCUCAAAUCUACUUUGACAGGAAACAAAGUGUUUAAUUCUGUCUCCUACUCACCCUUGUGUCGACGUCUUGCAUCAGGGAGCACUGACAGACAUAUCAGACUGUGGGAUCCUCGCAGCAAAGAUGGCUCCUUGGUCCUCCUGUCUCUGACUUCUCACACAGGCUGGGUGACAUCUGUGAAGUGGUCACCUACCCACGAGCAUCAGCUGAUCUCUGGUUCUCUGGACAACAUUGUGAAGCUUUGGGACACAAGGAGUUGCAAAGCUCCUCUGUAUGACUUGGCUGCUCACGAAGACAAGGUUUUGUGUGUGGACUGGACAGAAGCAGGGUUGUUACUGAGUGGAGGAGCAGACAACAAACUGUAUUGCUACAGAUACCCAGCUACAGCCUCUGAUGUUGGGGCAUGAAGGUCAACAGCCAGAAGAUUUUUUUUAAAAACAAAGAUUUUUGCAGCAGUUGCUCUCUAUUAGCAUCUCUACACAACUUCUGAAGAAAGGAGGUUUGUUGCUCAGAGAGCUGUUCCUGGUUUUGUAUUGGUAAGCUAUAUCCAUAUUUGUCACAGAAAAAUAGCAAAGCCCAAAUGGGAUUCAUGUGAAACAAAGUAAAGGUCAUUUCCUCCCUUUUUCAUGGCUCUGAAUUAACAUCUUUUAAAUUACUAUUUGUAUAGCCUUUUUAAUAAGAAGUAAACUGUUUGCUGAUACUUACAGAAAAAUUACUCACUGACUAAAUUAUUUUUUGAGUUUACCUGCUUUAUGUUGGGGAAAAAAUAAAGCUUUUAUCAACAGUUCAUUGGUUUAGAGCGUUAUUACUGAUGAUAAAGACAUUUCAGCUCUCCUCUCAGUCUGGCUGUUGGCAGUUCUUAUGAUCUGGUCCUUAAUUAAGAACCCAGGCUUCUUUCUAGGAUGAGUACUUGGUAUGUGUGCAGUAUAAAUAGCAUUAUAUACAGGAACUUGACAGAUUUACUGGCAGAUGAAAUAUGCCAUAUUUUAGUAGCUCAUAAAUUAGGGUUGUAGAUUAUAGGAAUGCCAGCCUUGCACCACAGUACUUGUGCUGCAGUACCACUAAUGUGGUGUCCUGGACCUAAAGAUGUGUAGAAACAAUGGUGGAUCACACAGAGAAGGCAGAAGUAGAAGUAAUUUGUUCUUACAAAGAACAGAUAAAAAAGUUGCAAUAGCUUUUAGGUUGAUAGAGGAUAAGCACUAUUCAAACAUGCUCAAUUUCUCUGCUGGUUGUUUUGCUUUGAGUUCAGCAUUCAAAUGAAAAAGCUUCGCUGCAGUUUGUUAGAUUACAGACACGUGAUGCUCAACCAGCACACUGUUAAACUGUGUGGAGACCACACAUGAAUAUCCCCACCCAUGUCUUGGCUUUCAAUCAGUGUAACAGCUGUACAACACUAACAACUCAAAUGCUUAAAUUAAUAAUUUUUCUUUGAAGAGUGGGAACUCUGACCUCCAGGUUUAUAAUAUAGACAUAUAUACAUAUAUCAUUAUAUAUAGAAUAUAUAUACUACAUGUAUAGUUCUGAGAAAGGAGUGCUAAGAAAUAUCAAAGAGUAAAACUGAUGAAAAUGGCAAAGGACAGAGGAAGAAUCUCUGAUCCCUUUACUUUGCAAGUGAAGUACUGCAACUAACAACUUCUAUGCCUAUGUCUAAAGACUCAUGAAAGCAAGGCAAGUAAGCUUAAUAUGGUUUUCUUGCCUUCCCAGAAAAUUCACAAAACACUUUUUAAAAAAGCUCAUGUUACCUGAAGUGUCAGUUAUCUUAGACUAAUAUUUAGACUCAAGCGAACGCAGUGGCAUUAGCUGUUUUAGUUUCAGUGAAUCCAUCACAUCUACUAUCACCUGUAAAAAAAAUACACAGAAUGUAUCUAAAAAAGUAGGUUUUGAUAGACCACGGUGAAAAAGCCAGGAGCAUUUUUAUACCCUCCUCUGGUCUGGAAAAGUACUGUGGCAAAGGAACAGACAAAGAAGGAAGUAAACCAUAUUAACAUGAAGUGAUACCAGUGUAAUUACAAUGUAUUUUUUUAAUAUAUCUGUAUUAGCACUGUCCAUAAAUUAUCCUGAAACUAAUACUUUUUACAUUUGGCUGACAGUUCUUUGGAUAACCUGUAAUCUUAAAUAAAAUGUUUUAAUAAGA